AAAAUUACACAUGGGCGUUUUGGACACGUGAGAGUUUACAGGAGGGGCCCUCUAAUAUAGACUGUGCUCAGGAACUCUUGGACCACAGCUCUCACACCAUAGUCACACCUUCUCACACGCCUGGAUUCUGAGCAGACAGGAUGUUCUGUGACAAGGUGCUGUCCUUUUUGAAGAGCCUAUCAAGGCUAAAGCCACUGGAGCCUGAUGGUGAAGAGUCCAACUUCAAGCGUUGUUUAACCACACUCGACUUAGUGGCCCUUGGGGUGGGAGCUACACUUGGUGCUGGGGUCUAUGUCCUUUCUGGGGAGGUUGCCAGAACAGUAGCUGGUCCCAGCAUCAUUGUGUCAUUCUUCAUUGCAGCAGUGGCAUCUGUGUUUGCGGGCUUGUGUUAUGCAGAGUUUGGCGCCCGAGUGCCCAAGACUGGCUCUGCCUACCUGUACAGCUACGUCACUGUCGGAGAGGUGUGGGCCUUCAUCACCGGCUGGAACUUACUCUUGUCAUACAUUAUAGGUACAUCCAGUGUGGCAAGAGCAUGGAGUGGUACUUUCGAUGACUUGAUUGGAAAUAAGAUUGCCAAUUAUUUGCGUGAAAACAUACCAAUGGAUUUACCUGGCCUCGCUCCCUAUCCAGACUUCUUUGCUGCUGGCCUUAUUCUGGUUUUGGCAGGUAUCCUUGCAUUUGGGGUGAAGGAGUCUGCCAUUGUCAAUAAGAUCUUCACAGCUAUAAAUAUAGUAAUUCUGGUUUUUGUCAUCAUUGCUGGAUUCAUCAAGGGUGACAUUGAAAACUGGCAGAUAACAGAGGAGGACAUUUGGAACUACACAAUAACUGCAAAUCUCUCAACCGCAAAUGAAACUGUAUCCAGUUUUGGAACUGGAGGAUUCUUUCCCUUUGGUUUUGAGGGAACUUUUGCUGGAGCCGCUACCUGUUUUUAUGCCUUUGUGGGAUUUGACUGCAUUGCAACCACAGGUGAGGAGGUCAAAAACCCUCAGAAGUCUAUCCCUAUAGGAAUUGUGGCUUCUCUUCUCAUCUGUUUCUUGGCUUAUUUUGGCGUAUCGGCUGCUCUCACCCUCAUGAUGCCCUACUACCAACUAAGUGUUCAGAGUCCCUUACCUGUAGCCUUCUCCUAUGUGGGCUGGGAUCCUGCAAAGUAUGCUGUGGCUGUUGGAUCAUUGUGUGCUCUCUCCACAAGUCUGCUAGGGGCCAUGUUUCCUAUGCCCCGUGUGCUGUUUGCUAUGGCCAGAGAUGGACUGCUAUUUAAACCAUUGAGUAAAAUGAGUUCCAGACAGAGCCCUGUCAUCGCAACACUUUCUUCUGGAAUAAUAGCAGCAAUAAUGGCCUUGGUGUUUGACCUGAAGGCUCUAGUAGACAUGAUGUCUAUUGGAACACUCUUUGCCUACACCCUCGUAGCCAUCUGCAUCUUAAUUCUUCGGUACCAACCAGAGCCAGAUGAGAUCACUGAGAAACUAGAAGUUCAGAAGAAAUGGAAUCCCUUUUGCCCCUCUAAAUAUGCAACUGCUACAAGUUCUAAAGUUGUGUCUGUGCUAACCAUACUUACCAUUGUGUUUGCGGUUAUCCUGAGCGUGACCAUCACAAAAGGUGUACAAGCUGGUCUGAUUGAGGAGUGGUGGAUAAUUUUGAUUAUCACUUUGGUUUCGGUGGCAUUUGUCAUGACUAUCAUUAUUAUUUGGCGACAGCCGCAGAAUGGUGCCAAAGCUGCAUUUAUGGUCCCACUUCUGCCACUACUCCCAAUUUUCAGUACAUUCAUCAAUGUCUACUUAAUGGUCCAGCUGGGGAGUGAAACUUGGAUUCGCUAUGCAGUGUGGAUGGCAGUGGGCUUGCUUAUCUACUUCUGUUAUGGAGUGCACUUCAGUGUACAGAAGAAACGGAACCAGUCUUCCAAACAUCCCAUCAGUGUUGAGACAAUUGAUGUUAAAAUGGAGGACAAGAAAAAAAUGGGAUCUACUACACCAACACUACAAACCAAGUUUUAAAGACAACAUUGAUGUCUAGUGCCUUGUUCCUGAGACAGAGAAACUACAACAUGAUUUUUGUUGUGUACUGAAAUUUGAAUUAGUAUAAGUAUGAAUUUGUAACAAAUUAUAAAACCUGAGGAAAGUAUGAAACAUAAGGGUAAGGUUAUAUAUAUUUGAAUUAGUACCUUUGAAGGUACCACCCCAGUGUCAGUAGUUAUUAAGCAGCUUUUAUUUUAUUUUAUAUUUAUUGUUAUUGUUACUAAUCAUAAAGCCUAACAAUUACACAGAAAAUCAGGUACUACUAUGCAUCAACCCAUAACAUUUCUGUUUCUUUGCCACCACUGGUAUGUUCAAAAUGUAAAUGUUUAAUGGAAAAAUGUAUAUAAAUGGCCUUAGCUACCAAAUAUCAUUGCACAACACCACACUAUAGUUAAUUAUUAUGCUUUGUGAAAAUAACAAUAUUUUUUAUCUUUAAAAAUAAAAAUUAUGAUUUUUUUUCUUUCUAGUUGAGCUUGAAGAGGUUGUGUAAGUGUAAACACUGUAAGAAAAAUUUCUUCUUAUAGUUCUGCUGUGGGCAUGACCUGUCUUGUGUAGCAUAUAAACUUUUUCCAGGCCUCUGUAAUGACUGUUAUUUAUCAUAUCUGAGUGUACUCACUGUUGAAAAUCAUAUUGAACAAUAUUUAAAAUAAAAUUAUUUUUCAGUAUGCCA